CCCGUCCCGUGUGAAGCGGGGCGAGCCCGGGGGCGGCGGGUGAGGCGGCGGCGGGGCCGGGGAGGCCGCGAGGUUCAGGCACGCCCCGGGUCGGCGGUGGCGGCGCCGGCGGAGGGGCGGGGCGCCAGUGAUUAACACUAAAGCCCCACAAUGUCCUUGAAACCACGAGUAGUUGACUUUGAUGAAACAUGGAACAAACUUCUGACAACAAUUAAAGCUGUUGUUAUGUUGGAUUAUGUUGAAAGAGCAACGUGGAAUGAUCGCUUUUCAGACAUUUAUGCUUUGUGUGUGGCCUAUCCUGAACCUCUUGGAGAGAGACUUUAUACGGAAACUAAAAUUUUUCUGGAAAAUCACGUACGCCAUUUGCACAAGAGAGUUCUGGAAGCUGAAGAACAAGUCCUGGUUAUGUAUCACAGAUACUGGGAAGAGUAUAGCAAAGGGGCAGACUAUAUGGACUGCUUAUACAGGUACCUCAACACACAGUUUAUUAAGAAGAACAAAUUGACUGAAGCCGAUCUUCAAUAUGGUUAUGGAGGGGUGGAUAUGAAUGAACCAUUGAUGGAAAUAGGAGAGCUAGCUCUUGAUAUGUGGAGAAAAUUAAUGAUUGAGCCACUGCAGGCCAUACUUAUUCGGAUGCUCCUCCGAGAAAUUAAAAACCCAAGCACUCCUCCUACAAGGCAAGCUGAAUCUCAACUUACGCAUUUUUGUUUCAACACAACAGGAAGCCGACAAGAUCUCAAAUUUGAUCGCUGUGGAGAAGACCCAAACCAGAAAGUAAUCCAUGGGGUCAUUAACUCCUUUGUUCAUGUUGAACAGUAUAAGAAAAAAUUCCCCCUAAAGUUUUAUCAGGAAAUUUUUGAGUGUCCUUUUCUGAAUGAAACAGGGGAGUAUUAUAAACAAGAAGCUUCAAAUUUAUUGCAAGAGUCAAAUUGCUCACAAUACAUGGAGAAGGUUUUAGGUAGAUUAAAAGAUGAAGAAAUGCGGUGUCGGAAAUACUUACAUCCCAGCUCAUAUGUUAAAGUGAUUCAUGAAUGCCAACAGAGAAUGGUAGCUGAUCACUUGCAGUUUCUACAUGCAGAAUGUCACAAUAUUAUCAGACAAGAGAAAAGAAGUGACAUGGCAAAUAUGUAUACUCUACUUCGUGCUGUGUCAAGUGGUUUACCUCAUAUGAUUCAGGAACUACAAAACCAUAUCCAUGAUGAGGGCCUUAGAGCAACCAGCAAUCUUUCUCAGGAAAAUAUGCCAACUCAGUUUGUGGAAUCAGUUUUGGAAGUACAUAGUAAAUUCGUUCAACUCAUCAACACUGUUUUGAAUGGUGAUCAACACUUUAUGAGUGCUCUUGACAAGGCUUUAACAUCAGUAGUUAACUAUAGGGAGCCCAAGUCGAUCUGCAAAGCACCUGAGUUGCUGGCCAAGUACUGUGACAACUUAUUGAAGAAAUCGGCAAAAGGAAUGACAGAGAAUGAAGUAGAAGACAAACUUACAAGUUUCAUUACUGUUUUCAAAUAUAUUGAUGACAAAGAUGUGUUCCAAAAGUUCUAUGCCAGAAUGUUGGCAAAAAGAUUAAUUCAUGGUUUGUCUAUGUCUAUGGAUUCUGAAGAAGCCAUGAUCAAUAAACUAAAGCAAGCCUGUGGAUAUGAAUUUACCAGCAAGCUCCAUCGAAUGUAUACAGACAUGAGUGUUAGUGCUGAUCUCAACAAUAAAUUCAACAACUUCAUCAAAAACCAGGACACUAUUAUAGAUUUGGGAAUUAGUUUUCAGAUAUAUGUUCUACAGGCUGGUGCAUGGCCUCUAACUCAGGCUCCUUCUUCUACAUUUGCAAUUCCUCAGGAACUGGAAAAAAGUGUACAGAUGUUUGAAUUAUUUUACAGUCAGCAUUUUAGUGGGAGGAAGCUUACUUGGUUACAUUAUCUUUGUACAGGUGAAGUAAAAAUGAAUUAUUUGUGCAAACCUUAUGUAGCCAUGGUCACAACAUACCAAAUGGCAGUGCUGCUUGCCUUCAACAACAGUGAAACUGUCAGUUACAAGGAGCUUCAGGACAGUACACAAAUGAAUGAGAAGGAGCUGACCAAAACCAUCAAAUCCUUACUUGAUGUCAAAAUGAUCAACCAUGACUCAGACAAGGAAGAUAUAGAGGCAGAGUCUACUUUUUCAUUAAAUAUGAACUUCAGCAGUAAACGAACAAAAUUUAAAAUUACUACAUCAAUGCAGAAAGACACACCACAGGAGAUGGAACAGACCAGAAGUGCUGUAGAUGAAGACAGAAAAAUGUAUCUUCAAGCUGCUAUAGUCCGUAUCAUGAAAGCACGUAAAGUGUUGCGACAUAAUGCUCUUAUUCAGGAGGUAAUUAGCCAAUCAAGAGCUAGGUUUAACCCAAGUAUCAGCAUGAUUAAGAAGUGUAUUGAAGUUCUGAUAGACAAACAGUACAUAGAGCGAAGCCAAGCCUCUGCAGACGAAUACAGUUAUGUAGCAUGAUGUUGCUAUCCUGCAGGUAUGAUUGUAAGGAGAUCAUUGCUGUCACUGUUUGGUGUGUUCCUGUGGGAAGAGGCAGGCCUGUGCCUCCAUAAUUGGUCACUUGGCAGCCCCUGUUUUUCUGCUGUUUACAACAUCACCAGUGCCAUGUCAUGAGCGUCAAUGAAAAUGCCUAUAGAUAUUUCAAGCUCAUGUCAUUAUGACAUUUCUUAAAACUUUACUAAAAGAAUGAGUGAAGUAUUGCUGAAAUGUGGAAAAUUGGUUGGGUACCAUGCUUUUAUUUUUCCCUCCCCUUUCACGUUUGCAGUUGAUGUUUUUUAAUGUAUCUUAAGACAAAGUUAAAAAAAAAAAAAAAGCCUAAAUAUUGUAAUAUGACAGAUAACCUAAUAAUUGUAUCUACAUUAAAAUGUAAAAAAAAUGAUGAUCAUGAUACUGCUGCUUGUCAAAUAAAAAAAUAAAGUUAUAUAAUGUGUCUCGAAUGAUUGUAGAAAUGGAUAUAGAUUAAUGUUCACAAAUAUUAUUCAGACCUGGAAGAGUAAAAAUAAUGCUAUGUGUUUGGGUUUUGAAUAACUUCAGAAACAGAUCUGACAUAAGAACUUAAUUUAUAUAAAGCUGAAUAGCAAGUAUGUAAUGUUUCAUGUGAUUAUAAAAAAAAAUAUUUAUGGUUAGGUGCACAUCUUGUUUUCUUGAGAUUAGGCAAACUUACCUUCUUAGUGCCUGAAGGCCUACUCUGUGUCUGUUAAUUUCACACUGCAGGAAUAUGUUACAAGAGAAAAUAAACAGAUAUUUGAGGGGAUUUAACCAGUGUAGUUCACAGUUAGUAGUGAUUAUCAUGGACAUCAAAGAUAUAAUUCACUGACUUGUGAAACCACCCUAUUAAUGGGAAAGAAUAUAGCAGACUAGUAAUUGAAAAAUGUUUUCUCUCAUCCAUUAGGUAGAAGCACUACAUGGAUAGGUACCUAUGUUUGUUUCUACAUAAAUCCAUAGUGGGUAUUUUUCUUGUUUUCCCUCCUAAGUCAUAUAUGGUUGUAUUUAUUGUAUUUUGUUUUCCUCUGCCCCAAUUAGAUUUCUACCUAUUUGGGCAGGACAAGAAUUCCAUGAGCUAUUUCAUGUCCUGCAUUGCUCAUCAGGGAUGGCGUGAUGACUAUUCACUCUCACAUAAGCAUAGUUUUAAAAGCUACUAAUUCUACCACUGGAAGCAGUUGGAGUUUAUGAGCAUUAAGCAUGUGAACACACUGAUUACCUGCUGCAGAAAAGCUGCUUCCUCACAGUUAUGCCUGCAGUUCUGCUAAAUAUUAAGUUAACUUUAAAAGUUCUAUUUUUGCCAAAUUUUAUUUAUGUGCAUAUAAAAAUAUAUAUGUAGAUCUAUAUUAUUUGCAAUAUUUUUUUAGAUUAUGUGAUAUUUCAUCACCUACUGAAAGUCCACAGAUUGAGAAUUGAUUUUAAAGGAAAAAGCCUUCUGAGGGGAGCUUUUUCCUUUUUUCUAGUUCCCCACUUUAUGAAAGGUUUCUCUGACCUUCAUAAUGUUGUCUCUUCUUUCUUAAGUGACAUUGCAUUCAUAUGUCACCUGGAGGGUGUAGUAAACUUUCUAUACUUAACUAGGAAAUGCAUCAAGAAGUGGUAAUAUGUUUUCCUUGUGUGGAUUUUACUAAGGGUGAAUAAAGGGCAAUAAACAAUUAAGGGCACUAAACACUUCUAUAUUUAUGGUAUUUUAUCCCACUGCACUAAGAUCUAGAUUUUUAAAAAUGCAUUUAUGUCUUAAAGAAAUGGGUUUUUUAACUGAUUGUAAUAUGGUGCAGUAGGUCUCUGUCUAAAGUGGUAGUUCAGAGCUGUAUGUGUGUGUUGGGAGACAGCACACGUGCUUGUGGUGUCCCUAAGUGUAUAGUGAAUAGGAGAUACGUUAACGUAGAGUGACUUCUAAUCUAUUUCAAUGUGAAACGUUUCUGUGCUUUAUAAAAAGUAAAUAAUUUCUUCUUAUGACAAAAAAUAGAAUAGAGGGAAUGUUGUAUGACACAACAGAAAAAGGAUUGCCUGGUUGAGUCAUCAGAUCCUUUCUCCAGAAAACAAACUAAGAGUAACACUAAAGCUUCUGGAAACAAAUGUGUUUUACCAUGUAAAUUGUGUAUGAGUCAACAGAUUUUGAGCUUAUUUCUUCAUAAAAGGGUUAAUAAAAGCUUUUUUUAAAUAUAGAUUGCAGUAGCAAAAUUUUAAGACCGAGUUUGAAAAACUCUAACAAAUUUAUUUUCAGAAUCACUUCAUAGACAAAACAAAAACUUUACUGCUCUAGCCUAAACGUGUACGGUUUUAGCAUUACCUUAUCUCUGAAUUUUUGCAUACCUAUAACAUGAAAAGUAAUAUUUUGUUAUUUAGAUAAGCAUGCUGCUGAGUUGAGACAUGUUUAGUGAGUUAAAAACAUUCAUAUAUUUCAGCACAGUUGGCAUCCCAAGACAAUGUCUUCCAUAAUUAUACAUAAACUCAAUCUGUUCAGUGUUUCUUGGGAAAUGUGGCUAUAGCUGGGAAACAUUUUGAAUUAUACUUCAUAACUCACACCUUUCCCCCAAAGGAAAAAAACAGGGCAAGGAUUCAGCCCUCUGUAGCUGGGUUAGCACACUGAAGUCAUUGCUGGCACACAGUGAUGCAGCUUAUAGUGUAGUGCUACAACCUGGCAACUCAACACAUCUGGCAAGUGUCAUUUCAAAAUACAAAGUGCUAAUGGCUGUUAACAAGAGAGGCAAAUUAUGAAAAGAGAAGACAUACAAAAAUGCAAUGCAUUUUUAAUUUUUCACUAGAGGAAACUGAUGUAAUUGUACGGAUUUGGUUUGGGGUUUUUUUUGUCAUAAGCCUGAUAACAUGGAUGACUUGCUGGUUUAUUUGGAAGCUUAAUGGUUUCAUACAUCUCAUACAUUUCUAACAUCAAAAUGCAUUUUAACUCUAGUAUUGAAUGUUGUUGAUAAUUCUAAUGCUAACUGAAAAUGUAUUUCUCUGGUGUUUUAAUUUGUCUUCAGUGUGAUUAUCUUAUUCUAGGAAAGAAAAAUGCAUGUCUGUACUUCGGUGUGUCCAUGCAUACACUGGAGUUGGAGCUGUGAAGGGUUCUUAAAUCGCCAUAACAUGAGAAACAGUUUUCAAAAUGGAGAGAAUCGUUACUUUUUGAGAAACCUUUUAAUGAGUACAUUCUAAAUAAGGCGCAGAGUAUGGAAAUUGGUCAAAGGAGAAAUACAUUUGGUAAGCUGAUAUCUUUUAGCCAUGCUUAGGAAGUUGUUUCUUAUCCUUAAAAAAGCUAAUUUUAAAAGCAAGUCUUAGAACAUAGUCUUGGUUCUUGAGCAGAAUAAAUUCUUUGUACUCUAGGGCAAAAUGUUAAGACUGUCCAUGCUUUACAGGUAAGUUAAAUACCUAGAAUUAAUUAAGGUGUUACGAUUUAUGAAAACAUGUUCUCCAGAAGCAAUUAUUCUUGCACUGAGUAUUUUCUCCUAUUACAAACCUGAAUUUACCCUUAUUUGCUUACGCUAAGUUGUACUGCACUUCCUAGCUGAUGAUAAAACAGUGUUUUGCAAGGUGUCAGGUGAAAGGAGAGAAAGGAUCAAAACAUUGUCUGGGUAUAAUAAUUCUAAAAUAAUGCAAUACUUCACUAAGCUCAAGUAUAUGUGUGUGUAGUUUUAAAGAAGGAGAGUGGACAAAUAGUGAUAGUAAAAGUAACGGAAUACCUGUAGCUUGGGCGUGCAUUUCUUAUUGUCUCCAUUCUGUGGAAUUUACAAUUGCAUAAAUAAGGGAAGAAAAUAACAGCCAACAGAAGGAAGGAGGUAGAUGAAGAGGCAGACCAGCUAACCUCCCUUUUAGACGUACUGGAGUUGUAGUUUGGUUUUCUUUAUCUUUGAAUAGUUUAACUACGUGUGUGUUGAUUAACAAGAUUUCUAUUUAGUUCUGUAUUGAUGAUUACUUGUC